CUGGCUUCUCAUGGGUCUUUUCCCUGACACCCCUGCCCUGGACCUAGGAUGGAGCUGGCACAUCCACUAGGAGUCAGGAGGGAGGCAGAUAGGUCACAUUCUCCUGGGCACUUACUUUGGUUGGUGCAGCAGUCUUACUCUAGGGUGGACAAUUAGAACAGCUCAUGUACCUUUUGGCUUCUGGUAAGCCAGGAGAAGUUUCAUCACUGGUCAUCAGCAUCAAAGGGACUAUUCAUUGAGAUUGUAGUGCUGACCAUUUUAUUGCUUGAUAUCUAUUCAUGAACAUUCCAUUACUGGGCAUUUUUUGUCUGCUUUCCCCCUAAAGCUUUGCCAUGAGGAAACCAGGAUUUCAUUUAAUUCCAUCUGAAGCAGCCCAAUGCCGAUUUAUGGUAUUUGAAGAAUGUGGACACCCACAAAAUAAAGAAUAGACAAUUAAAUCACGCUCAUGGCAACCAAGGAGAAACUACAGUGCUUGAAAGAUUUCCAUAAGGACAUAUUGAAGCCUUCCCCUGGCAAGAGUCCAGGGACUCGUCCUGAGGAUGAAGCAGAGGGCAAACCACCCCAGAGGGAGAAGUGGGCGAGUAAAAUUGACUUUCUGCUCUCCGUGGCUGGUGGAUUUAUUGGCUUAGGAAAUGUCUGGCGUUUUCCGUAUCUCUGCUAUAAAAAUGGCGGAGGUGCAUUUCUUAUACCUUACUUCAUUUUCCUGUUUGGGGGAGGUCUCCCUGUGUUUUUCCUGGAGGUGGUGCUAGGCCAGUACACCUCUGAAGGAGGAAUUACUUGCUGGGAAAGGAUCUGUCCUAUAUUCACUGGAAUCGGUUAUGCUUCCAUUGUGAUCGUGUCCCUCCUGAAUGUAUACUACAUUGUCAUUCUGGCUUGGGGGCUGUAUUACCUGUUCCAGUCAUUUCAGAGUGAACUGCCCUGGGCCCACUGCCACCAGAGCUGGAACACACUCAACUGUGUGGAAGACACUUUCAGGAAGAAUAAAACACUCUGGGUGUCGCUGAAUGCCAGUAACUUCUCGUCUCCUGUCACCGAGUUUUGGGAGCGCAACGUGUUGAGCUUGUCCUCAGGAAUCGAAGAUCUUGGCAUUCUCAAAUGGGACCUGGCUCUCUGUCUUCUUCUUGUCUGGGUGAUUUGUUUCUUCUGCAUUUGGAAAGGAGUCAAGUCUACUGGGAAAGUUGUGUACUUCACAGCAACAUUCCCAUUCAUCAUGCUCCUUGUGCUCUUAAUCCGUGGAGUCACCCUGCCUGGAGCUGCAGAGGGCAUCAAGUUUUAUCUGUAUCCUGAUAUCUCACGGCUGAAAGAUCCACAGGUCUGGAUAGACGCAGGGACACAAAUCUUCUUUUCAUAUGCAAUCUGCUUAGGAGCGAUGACUUCACUUGGGAGCUACAACAAAUACAAAUACAACUGCUACAGGGACUGUUUGCUGCUGGGAUGCCUGAACAGUGGUACCAGUUUUGUGUCUGGCUUCGCAAUUUUUUCCGUCCUGGGCUUCAUGGCACAAGAGCAAGGGGUGGACAUUGCUGAUGUGGCAGAGUCAGGUCCUGGCUUGGCCUUCAUUGCCUACCCAAAAGCAGUGUCCAUGAUGCCACUGCCCACGUUUUGGGCCAUUCUUUUUUUUAUUAUGCUUCUGUUGCUUGGACUGGAUAGCCAGUUUGUUGAAGUUGAAGGACAGAUCACAUCCUUGGUUGAUCUGCACCCAUCCUUCCUAAGGAAGGGUUACCGCCGGGAAAUCUUCAUCGCUAUAGUGUGUUUCCUUAGCUAUCUUCUGGGGCUUACUAUGGUGACCGAAGGUGGCAUGUAUGUGUUUCAACUCUUUGACUACUAUGCAGCUAGUGGUGUAUGCCUUUUGUGGGUUGCAUUCUUUGAAUGUAUUGCUGUUGCCUGGGUUUAUGGCGCUGAUAAUUUUUAUGAUGCCAUUGAGGAUAUGAUUGGAUACAGACCUGGUCCCUGGAUGAAAUGGAGCUGGACCGUAAUCACACCAGUUCUUUGCGUAGGGUGCUUUAUCUUUUCUUUGGUCAAAUAUACGCCGCUGACCUACAACAAGGUCUAUACCUACCCUGAAUGGGCAAUUGGCCUGGGAUGGGUCCUUGCUCUCUCCUCCAUGAUCUGCAUCCCCAUGGUGAUGGUCGUCCGCAUUGUACGGUCAGACGGAUCCUUCAUUGAGAGGAUAAAAUCAGUGGCAGCCCCCAAGGAACUCAAUCGAUGGUCCAAGGAGACUGAAGGAGCCACCCCAUUCUGCUCUAAUGGAACGCCUAACGGCGGACUUAUAAAACCAACACAUAUCAUCGUGGAGACAAUGAUGUGAGCUCUCUCUGUGAGAGGAGAAAUCUGCUUUAACUGCCGUUUACUAACCAUAGAUUCUCAUAGGACCAGGUUUACAGAGCUUUAUAUUUUGCACUAGGAUUUUUUUUUAAUUUCUCACAGAGAAAGUUAUUUUUCGUGUGUGUAUGUGUGUGUGUAUGUGUGUAUGUGUUUUGUGUAUUUUUUUAUAUAUAUUUUGUAAGGUAACCACAGGCAGAAGUCUCUAGAGAGGCAGGGCUUUCAUAUUAAAUUAGAUGUAUUACAGGACUUUAUUAUUUUUUAUACUAGUUACUAUUAUACACCUUACCACUUGAAUUGAUUUUCUUGCCAGCAAUAUAUUCAGUUUCAAAAGCAAUUUUUCGGUGCUGGUGUGGUUGGGAACAGGGUCAACUGAGAACUUGAGGGCAAGUUCUGCCGGGAGUGUGAAAAUCAACACUGCUCUGAGAGACUUCAUUUCAAAGGUGUAGUACCUUCCAUUCUUGACUUGAGGGAAACAAAAUGACAGACUUGUCAUUGUCCAGGCCCAGGUCCAAAAGAAUUGAAGAAGCAUCUGGGGAGAAGUGGAGCAAGCAGUUUGGGGGAGAAUUUUCACUCUCUGGAUUUUAUCAGUGGUUGCUGACAAGUUGACCUUAGUUGACCUUAUGAACCAUUUCUCCUUUGGCUCUGUGGGCUUUGGAGGGAAAGGUAGAAAUAUCAUCUAUCUUGAUAGCAGCAGAAAUAGGAUGCUCUGAAGACCGUUUCUUAGCCAUUACUUUAGCAUUAGAACUCCCUGCCUGAGCUGUUGAAUGUACCCUUUGUUUGGGCUAAUUUUUCAUGAAUUAAUUAAGGAAUGAAGGAGAAAAGAUCAAUCAUAUCAUGAAAUAGGAAAAAAUAUGAAAAGCAGCUUGUCUCUUUGAAGUCAAGAAACUGAAUUGAACUUAGUGGAGAGAUUUUUUCCUUUCAGAAGAAAACAUUUCAGACAUCUCUCCAGAGUUCUGAAGCCUUACCAGAAUAAAAGCAUGCCUUCCCUUGAGCCAAGAGGAGACCUGAAGAAAAUGAGUUGGGUGUGAAAGUUGAAUAGGGACGGUUUCUCCUUCCUCCCAGAGCAGAAGAACUGGGGUCAGGAUGGCAGCCACC